AUGGCAGCUACCAGUACAGCUACAGCUGCUAGCGCCACCGCUAGUGCGUCUCCUGCUACUGCUUCAGAACCUGUCGGCCGCGCCGCGCUGGCUGCCGCGCUGACAACCGCGUCCAUAGCCGCCGCUGCCGCAGUCCUGCCCCCGGCGGCCAGUGCCAGUGCCGUCGGCGGCGGCGCCGCUGGUCUGACGGCGGCAGCCGCCUCCGUUGCCUCCGCCGCCACCUCGGGCUGGCUGGCCAUAGAGGAGCUUCUCGAAGAGGCGGCUUACUCCCUAUCCCAGGAGGUUCCUGACGGGCCAGGCCGCAGUCCCUUGGAAGCCCUAGCCCGACUCGCGAGCACUAGCGACGGGGGCAGCGGCAGCAGCAUAGCCGCCGGUGCCGGCUUGGAUCUGGAUCUGCCGCAACAGCUGCAGGGGCUGCUGCCGCCGCAGGUGGCCGAGUCUCUGGCUGCGGGCCCCGCACUGCCGGUCUCGCUGUCGGGUGGCCUGGGCUCGGGCCCUGGGGGCCUGGGCCUUGCCUCCGGAGGGGCUGCGGGUUCUGGUUCUGGCGGAUUGCUGGCGGCGGUGCCAGGAGGCGAUAGACUGAGCGAAGUGUUGGAGGACCUGCUGUACAGCUUGAGCCAGGAAAUCAACCCGGCGGCGGCGCAGGAUGCCGUACUGUCGGCGGCGAUGGCGGCGGCGGCGGGUCUGGCAGGGGCGGCGGAGGAGCUGCCGCGCGCUGCGGCGUCAGUGUAUCACUCCGCAGCGGAGGCAGCGGCGGCGGCCGCCGCAGCGCGCGCCGCCUCCGCCGCCCGCGUUCCCUCCGGGGGCGGCAGCGGCGGAACGGCCCUCGUGGUGCCGGACGAGAGUCAGACGCAGCUCGCGAUGGCGACUGGCGUUGAGUACGGCGCUGGUGAAGAGUACGACAUGGAGCUCGAUGGCGUUGAUGACAUGACGGUAGCGGCAGGCAACCUGGCAUGGGACCCGUACGACAGCGUCCGUGCGGCGGAGGGUGCCCUGGAUGCAAUGGUGCCGGACGCCUCCGCCGCCGAUGCCGCCGUGGCCGCCGCGUCGUCCGCCGUCGUCGACGCCACUGCGGCCGUACUGCCCCCAAUCAUUACCGCCUCCGCCGCGCCCUCGGUCGCCGACGCCGCCACCGCCACUGCCUUGGCGGUUGUGGAGGCGGCCACCACCGCCGCCGCCGGUACGAUCACCAUCAAUCCGCCCAGCGUCGCGACGCUGCCUUCCGCCAGCGCCGAGCCAGCGGCAGCCGCAGCGGCGGCGACGGCGGUUUCCGCAGCGAUGGCUGGGGAGGGCGCUGGCGCCGACGGACAGAUGGGCGUGUACGGCAUGGAUCCACUGGACACUCAGCAGCUUGACGAGCUGACCACUGCGCUGCAGGCCACGUUGCAGUCCUCCUUGGACAUGGUCGAAGCCGCCCUCAGCGGGAUUCGAUCCGCGGACUCGACGCUUGUGGGCGGAGUCACCAUCGCGGCUGUGCUGGCGGUGGUCAUCCGGUCGCUGGUGUCCAUGGCGGGAGCGGCGCUCAGCCGUACGCGGGGACCUGGCGGCGGCGGGGGCGAGGCCGGCGGCGGCGGCGGCGGCUCCGCCGCCGCCGCUGCGCGCAUGCGACCCGUGGGUGUCACAGCUCUGGAGGCCGCGGCCGCCCUCAAUAACGACCCUCAGGCCCUGCUGCUGGAUAUCCGCAACGGCUCCGACGUGCAAGAGCAGGGGCUUCCAGACCUGAGGCCCUUCCGCCGCGGCGCCGGUGCAACCACCGUACCGCUGCCGUACUGCGACUUCCGUACCACGCCCACCCUCGCCAACCCCUCCGGCAGCCUGCUCGCGGCGGCUGCCGCCACUGGCCCCGCUGCUGGGUCGCCCCGCGGGGGCAAGGCCGCCGCCGCCGCCGCCUUGGCGCCUGUGGCGGGCCCCGUGACGGUCUCCGUGGAUCCACUGUUUUGUUCAAAAUUCAAACAGCUGGAGGGACUGAACCGCGACAGCCGGGUGUUCCUUAUGGACUCUUACGGCGUGGAGGCGCCCGAGGCCGUGUUGCUGCUGCGGUCCGACCUGGAGGUGGAGGGACUGCUGGGGGCUCAGGGUGUGAAGUUCGUUGAGGGAGGCUUUGCGGGGCCUGAGGGCUGGAAGCCUGACCUCAACCCACUCACCCUGUUGAGUUCCUUUUUGAUAUUUGCAGCGAUACAGUACUACACCGCCGACAUCUCUUCAUGCCACGUAUACCUGCCUUUUAUGUACCCCUCUCUGUUCGGUCGUACUCUGGCGGUGGGUGCCGUGGGGGGUGCGGGUGUGGCGGCGGCGUCCUCCCUGGACUGGGCGUCGGUCAGUCGGGGGGCGGUGGGGCUGGCGGCCGCCAUGCUGCUGACGGACCGGGUGCUGCCCCCGGGGGUCAGACCCAGCGGCAAAAUCAGGCAGUACCUGCAGUCGCAGCUGUCGGAUCCGCAGCCCAAUGACGGCGGCAGCGGCGCCUCCGCCGCCGCUGACCUGGCGGCCGCGCGCCGCCGAACCGCGCUGCUGCUACGGGCGCUGGAUCUGGCGGAGGCCGUUGGCGACGCUGUCGUACGCGCCGGCGGCGCCGCCGUCGCGGCAGCGGGGAGUGCUGCGAGGGGCGCCAUUGCCGCCAGCGGCGGCGGCAGUGCCGCUGCCGCGGCUGCCACCGCCGCCAAUGCGGGGCCCGCGGACGUGGAGGCGGAGCUGGAGACCCCGCCGCCACCAGCCGCCGCCGCCGCAACCAUCGUACUUCCGCAUGGCAUGGACUCCCGCCAAUGGAGUGAGGCGGCGGAGAUGGCCGUAGCGCAAGUGCAGCAGCAACAGCCGGCGGCGCCGCCGCCGCCGGAGAAUCAGACACGGUCGGCGUCGCCGUUGCAGCCCAAAUGGCGGCUCGGCCCCUCCGCUCCAUCAGCCGGCAGCAGCAGCAACAGCGUCGAUGCCGUACCCGCUUCUACUGCUGCCGCAUUUAGUAACUCGCCGCCGCCGCCGCCGCCCCCUGUUCCGCGGGCGCCAUCACCAUCCGUGGUCGGCAGGUUGAACGACGCGCUGCGCAGCGCCGCUGACGCUGUCGUACGGGCCGCAUCGCCAUCAUCAAAAUCCUCUGCCGCUGCCGCUUCACGCGCUGGCAGCCCUGGCGGGCCCAGCGGUGGCGGCAGCAGCUCCCGCUCGCAGCCGGAUACGCUCGAGCUGAUGACGGCUUUGGCAACCGCUAGCGCUCUGAGCAACGUCGACAACGGUUUGCUACCCGGCUGGCCAGCGCUCAACUUCCCGAAGGCCUCCGCGGGCCAGAUGCCGCAACAGCCACAGCUACAGCCAGUCCCUAAGGCUGGUGAUAGUGAGCAGGAGGAGGAGGAGGAGAAGGAUAGGGGAGAGAUGGCACCGGCAGCGACAGGGCGUCGCGGGCCGAUAGCGAAGGAAAGGCAACCUGCGGCGGCGGCGGCGGAGCAGGAUAACGUCCCACUGUUCUCUUCCCUUUCCGCGCUUUCAGCGUCGUACAACGCGGCGGAGGCGACGGCCUUGGCGGAUAUGUGGAGUAACUGGCGGCAAGAUUUGGAGGCGGUGGCGCCGCCGCCACCCGCGUUGCCGUCCUCGGAGGAUUACGAUGAUGAGGAUGAUGAGGGUGAGGUGAAGGGCCGCCGCGACAGCGGCUCGGGUGAUAGCCCCAGCGGCAGCCGCUUCAGCGAGAAUGACGGACGCGGUCGUCUGUACGGCAGCGGUGACACCAACGCAGUGGCGGCGUCGGCGGCGAUGCCACACAUGGACCUGGCGGCAACGCAACGGUUUGGUAUCCCGACACACGAUCGACCCGCCAGCGCCGGCGCCAGUACGACAGCUGUCGGGGCUAGCAGUACGGCGCCGCUUGCUGGCGCCGCUUGGAAGAGCGCCACUAACAGCGGCGCCGAUGGCAGCGGCGCUGUUGCCCGCCAGCAGCAGCAGCAGCAGCAGCGCAAGCCACUGCGCACUUCCUCUCCGGAACGGGCCGCUGCGGGAGGAGCCGCCCUACGGCGGCUGAGGAUGCGGAUGGAUGCCAGGGAUGACGACGGCUUGGCCAGCGGGGCGUACGGCAGCGGGAGCUUUUUCGGCGGCAGCAGUGGCGACGAGGGCAGCAACGGCGAUGGCGGCGACGGGCCCGCGGCGGCGGCGACGGCUGCUGGCAAGCGGUACGGAAGCACGUCCGCGGCGGUGCCUGCGUCGGGGACGGCGUGGACGGAGGCCUGGGGGAGGAGCGCCGGCGCCGUCGACGGCGGUGGCGGCCGCGGCCUGCCGUCGUGUAGUCCCCAUUCAGUGACGCGGCGGAAGCAGUCCUUGCGAACUGCUUCGCCGCAGCGGGCGGCCGCGGCGGCGGCGGCAAUGCGGCAGCUGCGCGCUGAAAUGGGUCUGCCCCCCAACGACGGUACGGACGCGGCUGACGCGGUAUUCGCAAGGGAUUGGCGGCGGGAGCUGGACGCCGCGGCGGCGGCGGCGGCGGACACAGAGCCGUCAGGUUCCGCGUCAGAGUCGGAGUGGGAGGCGGCGGCGGCGGCGGCGACGGAGCCGGGGGACAGGACCUCCUUGUACGGCUCCGUCGGGGGCACCGCAAGUAACGGCCGUACCGCUAGCGGCAGUAUCAGGUCUCGCAACGCUGCGGCUGUGGGUGCUACUGCCGCAUUCCCACGCUCUCCCAGCAACUGGCGGGUACAGGUGGAGGGCCUAGAUCGUCCGGACAGCAGUACCAGUAGCAGCAGUAGCAGGGGGUUCGGAGGCGUUCCCGCCGACUGGCGCACUCGUAUCGAGAGCGGCGCGCCCGCUACUGCUACUGCUAUUGCUGCAGACGGGCUGAACGGCCAGGACAGCAGCGGCUCAGCAGCUGCAAGUAUUGGUUCCGUGUACGAUGAUGACGUCAGCACCAGCGGCAACAACCGCUACAGCCGCGGUUCGCCAUACCCUAGCUCCCCGGGGGGGUCCCGGGGGUCGAGCCGCAAGUUGGGGGCGGCGGAGCGGGCUGCCCGGACGGCCCGGCUGCAAGACUGGCGGGCGCGUGUGUAA